AAAGAAAUCAGCUGGUUUGUACAAGCUCAAGACAAGGAUAUUGAAUACAUUGGAUAUAGUUGGACGUGGUCAAGUUGACUUUUGCGGUACAGUUUUGUUGUGUGGCCGUCCUAACGCCUGUUGAGCAUAACCUCCUCGUAACUGCGUUCUGAUUUGCUGCACAUAAAAUUUUCCUAAUUAAGGAUUAUGAUACAGAAAACUGGUUUCAUGGAAAGUGUUCUUUCGUUUCUAUAUGUUUACAAUAUCGAUUCAACAUUCUCAUACUGUUAAACCUAAAAAUCGGAUUUGUCCACAAUAAUUUUCAUUACUAAUUGAUGCAUCUAUUAUUGUGAGACUGUGGAGUAAACAUCUAAAUUUGUUUCUUUGUAUGGGCUCAAAGUCAAGAGCUAAUGGGAAUCGUAAAAAGUCUAAAAAGAAUAAUGUUCACUUAGAAGCUCAACAGGAUCGGACAUCUAAAGUAUGUUGCAAGGGAAAUGAUGAAAAUGAUUAUUAUCUGAAAAAUGAUCCAUCAGCGCCGGAAUUCCGUCAACAAUUAAAUCAACUUGGUUUAGAUUUCCGGGAGGUACCAUCAGAUGGAAAUUGUUUAUUUUCAUCGUUAUCUGAUCAAUUAUAUGGAACAAUAACUAAUCAUAAAGAAGUUCGUGAACAAGCUGUACUUUAUAUAGAAAAACAUAAAGAAGAAUUUGAGGCAUUUUUCGAUGUCAAAGAUAAGUUAAAUAAACUUCGAUCGCUUGGAACUUACGGUGGUCACGAAUGUAUCAUUGCAAUAUCACGGUAUUUUUCUGUAUAUAUUAUCAUACAUCAACUGAAACAAAAACCUUGGCUAGCCGGAACUCCUGUUAUUGACAAAACACACGUCAACGUUUCUACCUACCCUCAAUUACAUUUAGCUUAUCAUAAUGGUGAACAUUAUUCAAGCGUACGAGUUUUCGGAGAUAAUUCCAGUAAUCCUACAAGAAUAAGGAUUUGUCUUUCAACUGAUAAUUCUGCUUCAUGUGCAAGCAAUAUAUCUGAUAGGAAAUGUGUGGACUACUCUUCUGAUAGCUCGGAUGAUAAAAACUCUAUUCAUUCAUGUAAAAAUUGUGACAGAUGGUCUCAUAAAAUUGCCAACUGUAAUACAGACUACUUCCAAACAUUUCCAUUUCACAGGAAAUUAAGUAAAAAAGAAAAACGUCAACUUAAACGUAGAUCUCUUGAAUUGUCUAACUCGGAAUUUGUUAUUAAAUCUAUUUCCGCUCUACAUAUAUAAUUUGUAACUGAUUUUCACUCCUUUUUUCUUUUGUCGCAACGACUUUUCUGCUUCUUAUUUCAUACUAGAUAACAAAUCCUUGAAAAAUUGUAUAUUUGAGAUUUUCGUAUUUUUUCUCUCUCGAUUACUGGACUUUAUUUAUAAUUUCAUAUUUUACAACCAUGUAGUUUUCACGAAUAUAGGAUUGCAGUGUACUUAUUCCAGAUUACAUUCUUUUUUAUUAAUAAAUUUUUCUUGAUAAUUGCCCUGUGUGUUUGGGAAUUGAAGUGCUUCUGAAAUUCACUUUUGACCUGCCAUAUUCUGAAGACAUUAAAAAAAGACAUAUUCUUAAAAUUCUCAGCUCUUGAAACGAAAUAACUCUAAUGUUCCUCUGAGGAGUUUAGUCUGAGCUCGAGAAAGCAAAUGAGUCCUGUUAAGUAAUAUAGGCACUUUUAUUACGUAGUUUACAGCUGUGAUGCUUUUAUUUGUAAUUAAAGACACUACUGUUAUUUCUGAAAUUUAAUAUCUCACGAAGUUUUUGCUAGCUAUUCUCGUUCUCAAUACUAUUUAGCAUAUUUAUUGUCAUGGCUCAUUAGUCAAUAAAGAGAUUUUUUGAAAUAUAUAUAUAUAUAUAUAUAUA